UCGGAUUCUCCACCUUCGCUUUCUCACAAUGCUGGCAUCUAAUAAUGAUGAACAGGUCCUACUUUAAUGUUCAUCAAAAACUGAGACUAAAUGCGGCUAACCAACUAGCUACCUAACGGCUAGCCUGCUCAUGCUACCCUUAGCUAGCCAGAUGAUGAACUCGUAGGCUGCACUGACGGCUCGAGGCAGUACUGCCUCCAUAGUAACAAAAUGCAUGUUUCCAUAGUUACAACAUCCGGGACAUUUGGCGUCCACAGUAACCAAACAGAGUGCUGAGCAGCGAAUACAUUUGGCGACGACUUAAACGCCGAUAGUUAUACUUCAUCGUGGAAACAAAAGGACAUCCUUUGUUGCAAAGUCUCUUGAUGUUUGAUUGCACCAUUAUGGAAAUGGUCACAGGCGUUUCGGAGAAUACCUCCACACCUGCAUCAAGUGAAUCCUCUGGGAGCACUGACAAAGGUCUUUUUAAUAUAAAUGCAACGGAUGAAGAAAAGCAAGACCCUGGACUACAACAGGCCAUUGAGGAAAUGAGGAGACUUGAUGAAACACUAUCUGCAUGCAUGUGCAGAUUAAAAGAAGCCAAGCGUCAAAGGAAAGAACUCCAAGAACAACUCUGGCAAGAGCUAAAGGAUAGUUUAGAGGAGGGCUGCUCUGAAAGUAGCCAAGAAGCCAAGAAUGCAAGACUGUUUAUGGCUUUGGAAGCCCCCAUUGGGCCUCCGGAGAGGGAGGACUUUUUCAAAACUCAGUCAUUUGACUGUGAACUAGACAGAAGACUGCAACGCAUGUUAGAGAGUGACGACUGGACCCAGGCAUCUGAGUCAGUGUGCGAAGAGACAGAUGAAGGGAGCCACGAUUUGGGCUCCAUGGCCGAGAAAAAACAAAAGAACUUUGUCAAGAGGAACAUUGAGCUCGCACGCAGCAAAGGCGGCCAAGUACUGUUGACACAGGCAGAGGAAGAGCGCCUGGCCGAGCUCCUGCAAGACCUAGACGAAGAGGAAGAUGAGAGUGCCAGGGGCGCAGACAACAAGGAGGACAUGUGGGCAGUGCCGGUGUCAACAAUUGAAGGUUUCACCCAGGCGACUUCCGACAUGGAGCGACUGACUGCUAUCGACUGCGAACUCAGUAUAUUCCAGCCGGUUGUAGAUGUCCCUUUACUGCAAAGCUCCUCCCAUGCACAUUUGAAUAAGGAACGUGGCUCGGACAUCGGGCCGAAGCGCGAUUGUGACGCUCAGCCAGGAGAGAAGGUCCUGCAGGAUAUCAAGGAGAUGAGAACACAAGAGAUGCAGCUCCAGGAGAUCCAACGGCAGCUGGACCUUCUGGGGCAGGGCCAGGAGAUGACAAGCGAGUCAGAGGCCCUCAGUGAGCAGCAGUUACUGAGCCUGCUGGAUGCUUGUGAGCUGACAGAGCCAGGACCUUGAGACGCACACAUGGACCUCCUGCAUGCCAGGUCCUGCUGUCAAGAAGGCCAUCAAAUGAUGUGCCAUCGCUGAGAUCACUCUUCCUGCCUUCUAAGUCUGAAGCAAGUCUAGCGAAUGUACAUGCAUUUCAUUGUCACAAGAUGUAAUUUUAGCUCGUAUAACCACCGAUAAUUCACUGCCUUUUGGCCACCAAUGUGGAGACGUAUAAAUAAGUAGUACAUGCAUGAAACUGAUACAGCCAAGGAGCAUCCCAUCUUCGGCAGUACCCUUUAAGUACCGGCACAUAUCUUUAUCUAACAGAAAUACAAAUGUAUAUAAAUAUGUAUAUAAAAAAAAAAAAAAUUGUUUGUGUAUUAAUGCUGCUAAUUUAGCAUGGGGAAGAAAAGCAGUACUUUGUGCUUAUAAAUAUCCUGGACGUCAUUAAACCUAAUUAUUACAGCUGCAGAGUGUUUUUAUAGCAGUCCAACUGUGGUAGUAUGUGCAUUUACACUCCAUUAGUAAUGGUUAAUUUCAAUACAGAGCAGUGACUCAAUCUCAAAAUGUGUUUCGUAAUUUUUAUAGUUCUCUUUUUGAAGAACCCUAUAAGAUGCACCGAAUUAUAAGGUUCAUUAAAAGGGUCUUUAUUAUUUAUUAUUUCUUGUUUUUGUUGUGGUCUACACCAGUGGUUCUCAACCUUUUUUCAGUGAUGUACCCUCUGUGAAAUUUCUUUUAAUUCAAGUACCCCCUAAUCAGAGCAAAGCAUAUUUGGUUGAAAAAAAAGAGAUAAAGAAGUAAAAUACUUCUUUAUCUAACUAUGUCAUCAGUUUCUGAUUUAUUAAAUUGUAUACUGUAACAGUGCAAAAUAUUGCUCAUUUGUAGUGGUCUUUCUUGAACUAUUUGGAAAAAAAGAUAUAGAAAUAAAUACAAACUUGUUAAAUAAAGAUUUCUACACAUAGAAGUAAUCAUCAACUUAAAGUGCCCUCUUUGGGGAUUGUAGUAGAGAUCCAUCCGGAUUCAUCAACUUAAUUCUAAACAUUUCACAAAAAAAUAAAUCUUUAACAUCAAUAUUUAUGGAACAUGUCCACAAAAUAUCA